AUGGAAAGAUCAUCUGGACACAAGCGGAAGAGGACGGGGUGCCUUGGUUGCAGAUCUCGUAGAAAGAAGUGCGACGAGAGGCAGCCUACAUGUUCCUUAUGCUCAAGGAAGGGCACAGAGUGCGUCUGGCCAGACAACUGGACAGCACCCCAGACGGUUGACUCUUUUUGCUGUGAGUGGAACCCGCAAGACUAUCGUGUCUCUAUGAUGUGUGUCAUAUACUCAAAGCUAAUCGUGAUCAUGAUGUAUGAUACUAUAGUCGACUCUGCCGCUGCGUCUUCGACUUCUGGACCUCAGACGAGUGUCAACAGACGAGGACCGAACCUCAUCUCUCUACCAGCUGGCCCUUUGUGGACAACUUCGCGGGCGAGCACUGUCAACUCCAAUAGUGACAGCAACUCACCGUCAGAGUCAGCCAAAGAUUACGGUCCGAGAAAUAGAUUUCCAGGGAGCCUUCGGUCACGAGCCGAACACCUCCGCAUGGCCCCCAAGAUUUCUCAUGUCCCACUCAUCGUCCCGCCAGAUCCUGACUGCGAUGAGGGAUCUUUCCAGAUGCUCUUCCAGCACUUCCUUUCACGAUCGAUGCCGUCAAUGUCCGUCGACAACGUGGACACUGAACUUUACGUCAGCACCCUACUCCCUGUUAUCGUGAGCGACAAUCUGGUACUUCGGUCUGUCCUAGCGCUCAGCAGCUUGCAGUACAUGCUGAGCCAUCCCGAGAAUGACAAAGCUCUCAAGCUUGCUAGCACCUGCUACUCCAAAGCUCUAUCCGCAAUGAGGGCUCGUGUUGCGCUGAGCGGGACUGGCGCUCAAGACGACCGGCCGGAUUGUCUCUGUGCCGCGAGUCUGAUGCUGGCCUUGACGGAGUCUGCUCGGGGAGACUCGACCCGAAACCACGUCGACUUCGCCAGCCACGUGCUCCAAAGCAUGUCAAACUCGGUGCGUGUGGGGAUCAAUCAGAAGUUGUACAGGAACAUGCUGAGGGUCUGCAUGUUCUUGCGCGUGGAUGAAGCUGUGGAGACCAUCCCUUCACCCUUCACAUCCGCUCAACUUGUAAAUCAAAUUGACAUGCCCAUACUCGCUGGUCAUCUGUGGGACGCUGAACACAGAGCCUCGGCGACGGAGCUCAGCGAAGAGUGCGGACUCUUCCAGACGCCGUUCAUUGCCGGGCUUCUGACGAUCCACCAUCUGGCCCGGCUCCGGGCCGUAGACGGCGCGGCCAACAUCGACAAAGACGAACGCGUCACACAACUUUCAGCAAUUGAGAUGCAAAUUAUGUCGUGGGAACCAGCACUACCGCACACAAGCCUGCGGGUCCGGCAAGUCUGGACCCUGUGGCGGUUAGCGAUGCUGAUACUACUCUACGAGUCGCCUGUGGACGGCAAAUUCUGGCAAGCAUCGAGGCGAGACGACUGCUACGAAUCUUUCAUGAAGGAGCUGAAGUUGGUGCCAAAGGGGCAUGAGAGCAUCGGAGUGAUGCUGUGGCCAAUCUCGAUGGCCGGAUCCUGCGCGCAGUCUCCUGCUCACAGGGAGCUGAUUCAGCAGCAACUCACUGAGUCGUGCGACACUCUGUCUGCGAGAAUGCUAGCUGUGGUUGCAAAUAUGCUUCAGCAGAUGUGGGACGGAACCGCGGCGAAUCCUGCAGACGAUAAAAGAGAAGAAGAGCUGGUGAUUGACCCAAGCCUCAUCUUGCCAGAAAGCCUGCAAGAGAAUAUGGAAUCACAGGUGAAGACGCCGGCCAAGCAAAAUAGCUGGAUGCCCCUCAUCAACAAGGUCGAUAAUGUCCCCCUAAACUUCGACUUCAACACCCUCUACAGGCUGUACCUCCCAAAGGAUCACCGUCCGCAUGGGUUCAUGCUCCAAAGCACCGUAGAGCGUCUGCCUUGGACUGCAGACUUCAGCAUCGACCAUGACGAGCGCAGGGUGCGCCUCCUCGACACCACAGCAAAGGACGGCGACGAUGCCGGCAAGGCCGCCACCGCAGCGAUACAGCGCGUCGUCGACGUCGCCGUCAAUCUUACCGACAAGUUCCCGACGCUGAGCGGCCGACACAGCGAGCACUUCCGCAUCCUCGGCGCGAACGAGUUCGUCUCCAUCGAGCGCUUCCCCGCUCCGCUGUUCGGCAUUUCCUCGCGAGGCGCGCACAUGACGGCGUACGUCAAGAGUGCCGAGGGCAUGCGGAUCUGGGUUCCCCGGCGCAGCGCGCACCUGUUCACGUUCCCCGACCUGCUGGACACCACCGUGGCUGGGGGCGUCAAGGCCGAAGACUCGCCGUUCGACUGCAUCGUCGCCGAGGCCACCGAAGAGGCCUCGCUGCCGGCCGACUUUGUGAAGGAGAACGCGCGGGCGGUGGGCGCGGUCACGUACGUCAGCAUGAACGAGACUAAGGGCACGUUCUUCCCGACGGUGUUGUACUGCUACGAUCUCGAGCUGCCCGAGGCGAUCGAGCCCGUGCCCGGGGAUGACGAGGUGUCGGGCUUCGAGCUCAUGACCAUCGCGGAGGUGACUAAGAAUAUGUUGGAGGGACAGUUCAAGCCCAACUGUGUGCUUGUGAUGCUUGACUUCUUCAUUCGGCAUAACAUCAUCACGUCGGAGAACGAGGAGCACUACGUGGAGAUUGUGACGAGGUUACGGCGACACCUGCCUGUUCCCACGUAUCCUGAGCCUGGAAAGCAAGUGAAUCAAUGA